AUGGACUUGCUCAGAGAUGCUGGGUUGUUGGGAUGCAAACCAUCUUCAGUUCCCUUGGAUCCAGUGAAUCAGUUGAAGCAAGACACUGGAAAUCCCAUGAAAGAUCCAUCCAAAUUUAGAAGGAAGAUUGGGAGGUUGCUUUAUUUGUGCAUCACACGAUCUGACAUAACAUUUGCAGUACAUAAACUCAGCCAAUAUGUUUCAAAGCCUUGUGAUGAGCAUUGGGAAGCAAGUGAGAAGAUACUCAGAUAUCUAAAAGGAACUCCUGGCCAUGAUGCAGAUUGGGCAGCAUGCUUAGAUACAAGAAGGUCUUUGACAUGUUAUUGUUUGUUCCUUGGCACUUCAUUGGUGUCUUGGAAGGCAAAGAAACAGCACACCAUAUCUAGAUCGUCAGCUGAGGUAGAAUACAGGGCCAUGGCACAAGCGACAUGUGAAGUGGUCUGGGCUAAAGCUUUAUUGGGAGACUUUGGCAUUACAGUGGAGAAGGUUGUACCCUUGUUCUGUGAUAAUCAAGCAGCGGUUCCAUUAGCUCUAACCCCGUGUUUCAUGAGCGUACGAAGCAUAUUGAAAUUGACUGUCACCCUGUGA